UUCAGUUGUGAGAAAAUAAUUGAAAAAUCUUUGACCCUUGUCAGAUUCAUUCUCAACGGAUGAUUGCCAAAUUGUCUGCUCUCCUUUAAACAUUAUGCAUUUCAUUCAAAACAAAUACAAUAUGUAUGUAGAAAAUAAGACUCAUUUCUUAAACGGCAACAUUUUUAUAUUGAAUUUGCUUUCUUUUGCAAUUGCAGAGCUAAAAGUUGAAAAAAACAUAUCCAAUACACGAGAGAACAUGAUUUCAUCAACAAAAAUAAAUAUUGCAUCACGAUUUUCACCUCUCUGCAACCUCUCUCAAACCCAGGGAGCUCAAAUCUCAUUGGUUGAUAUCAAUUAGUCGCUUCAAGUACAUGCGAUCUCGACUUCCCACUCCAAGCGGGUUUUCACAUUCACGAUGGGAUGGAACGGUCGAAAAUCGGCGCGGUGCGAUGGAUUUCAGUUCGGUUGGAUAUCCAGCGAGCCGCGCCACACCAUCAAAAUGGAUGAGGCGUUCGGCAUUCAUGACAGGAUUUUGGAGUGGUGCCGCGCUAUUCGGAUGAAUGACGGCCCUAAGAUAGACAUUGAUCUUCAUUGGGAACGAAUAAAUUCACUAGUGCUCCUGUAGCUGGGUCCAGAGUUUGUUGCCGGUUAUCAUUUUUGUAUAUGUAUGUAUAUAUAUAUAUUAUAUGACUUGUGUGAAUGUGUAUGUACAACAAGAAAUACAACACCGUUAAAAAAAAAGCUUUUUUCUUUGAAUUAUUUCAAAAACAUUGUUCAUAAUUAGGUGCACAAUAGUUAUUUCUUUCUUAUUCUUUUCCAGGAAAAAUUUCUGAAGGCGUUGCCUUUGACAAAAUUUUUGAUGAUGUACGCAAUUCUUUGGGAGACACCUUAGAUUGAAUACAUUUACUGACUAAACAAGAUCUCAGAAACAUUGCAAGUUCUAAGAGACUAAUAAACAGGGAACAGCUUAAUGCAAAUGAUGCAAUUAGUGUAAGGCUUUCUGUAAACAGUAUGAAUGCAUUGGGACCUGAUUCUCCAAUACUGUUUUUUAAAGAUCAGGGCCAAUUGCAAGAAAAUUUUUUAAUUGAUAAUUUCAUGUUGAUGAUGACCAAAGGUCAAAAAGAGUUGUUAAUGAAAUUUGGUCCUGAAAAAAUAUGCAUUGAUACCACUCAUGGUACAAAUGCAUAUGAUUUUCAAUUGACAAGUCUAGUUAUUAUCGAUGAAUUUGGAUCAGGCUUUCCAGUUGCGUUCUGUCUUUCCAAUAAAAUAGACCAUACUCACAUGGAAAAAUUCAUUUUUGAAGUUUUCAAAAAAACAUUGAAAAUCAAAACAAAAAUAUGUGUGACAAUACUCUGGCAUAUUAUAAUGCCUGGUGCAAAAUAAUGAGUCCCGCGGAAAGGCAACUUCUUUGCAUCUGGCACAUUGAUAAAAACUGGAGGAAUAAUUUAAAUAAAAUGAAAAAUGCUGAAAAAAGACGAUUAGUUGAUGAAACAGCAAGAACAGUAAUGGAAUGUUUGGACGAAGUAGAGUUUAAGCAUGUCUUAAAAAAAUUUAUUUUUGAUCUAGAGAAAGGUGAAGACACAAAAUUAUUCAGUAGUUACUUUAAAUUGUAUUAUUACAACAGACCCAAGUUAUGGGCUUAUUGCUACCAAAUCAAUGCUGGGAUAAACAUCAACAUGGUUUUGGAAUCAAUGCAUAGAGUGAUAAAACAUUGCUACAUGAUUGGUAAUGUUUGUCACAGACUAGACAGGUGCAUUUUUCUCCUUCAGAAACUUGUACAGGAUAAAUCGUUUAACAGAUUUAACAAUUUGAUUAAAGGGGUCAACACUAGGAAAUGUAGGGACAUAAUGAAAAAACAUAAAGAAUGUUUGAAACUGUCAAAAGAAAAAAUAACUUACAAUGUAGAAAGUGAAUUGGACAGUGACUUCAAUGUCGAAUAUCAAAUUUCCUAUAAUGUAACAAAGGAGGAUAAUGACUGCAACAAUUGUGCUAUGACAUGCAGACUAUGUAAAAUAUGUGCACAUUCAUAUUCUUGCACUUGUAUGGAUAAUGUCAUACACUUAAAUAUUUGCAAACACAUACAUGCAGUGCAUCAAUUUUUUUCGGGGUCUGAGUCAAAUGUAAUAAACCAGCCAACUACAUCUGUGAUGGCAGAUAUAAUGGAAAGUCAGUCCUUUCAGGAUUAUAGUAAUGCAAAAUUAAUCAAAACUGACUGUAUAAAAUUAAAAUUAGAGCAUGCAAUACCCUUGAUUCCCAACAAUUUAGACGAAGAUGAAUAAAUUAAAAUACAUAGGCAUCUGGAUGAAGUUAUAAAUGUUUUAGAAUGUAAAAAUAAAAUUAAGAUACCGAGAGAACCAUCAAACAAAAAAAUAAAAACUCAGCCUAGAUUUUUUUCAACAGAAAAAAGGAAAUUCAGAAACAAAGAGAGCAUGUGCAAACCUUCAACUGAAUUCAAGUUAUCUUUGACAGAAUCUAUAAAAAGUAAUUGUGAAACAGUUUAUAUUCAUUCAGGAUUAGAUCAUGCUUAUUAAUGCAUUCCAUUUUAUUUUAAUUAUCACUACUUAGAGUACCAAAACUUUUGAUUUAAAACUUAAUAUUCUCUAUUUCGCUACAGAAUUAUUAAUUACACUGUGUGGCAAAAAAAAAAAAAAAAAAAAAGCUUCUGUCAUAACUCUUGCUGAUUCUUAUGUAAAAUGACCCCCUGAAUCUAAAUAUAACCAAAAUUUUCUCCCUACAUGUCCCACUUUUUUUUUUUUUUUUUUCAGCUUUUGACAGUUUCAUGGCCCUUAUUUUUAUUUGGAGCAGAAGUUAGUGUUAUAUAUUAGCCAUUAACACUUUUCUGGAGGGGUGGGGGUCAUUUUACUUAAGAAACAGUAAAAAUUAUAUCACAAGCAUUUUGAAGGGAUUUUCUCUUUUUUUUUUUUUUGCAGCAGAGAGCUAUUAUUUAUUCUAGUCUUUCGAGUACAAAAAAAAGUAUACAUCUCGAGGUAUAAAAAUAAGGAAGCAGAUGGUAAAAUCAUUGAAAUGUUUUACUUAUUUUUUUUUCUUCGAACAGUACAAUAGAUUGAGCCUGUUCUACUUUGUUUUUCAAUAAUUAAUUUUUUGUGAGCAUUAGAGUCAAUAGUUUAUACCAUUCAAAUUCUUUAAAAUCUAUAAUGGUUAUACAUUAAGUUUUUCCUCUUCUUUCAAAAGUUUGAAUUGAAGCAGAAAGCAAAAUUGUUUUAACAACUUACAGGCCUGUGUUCAGGAUUUCAUGAAGGAGGUGGUUUUAAGUUUUUUUCAUUCUUGUUCACAUUUUCAGGAAAGACACCAGAGUCAGGAAAGUCAUUUUAAAAAUUUCCAGGGAGGGGGAGAGCAAGGGGUAUGUUGAAAUGAGUUUUAUUGCAAGGAGGUUUCACUAUAAUUCAUUUUGGUUUAAUGGUCACAAUGUACAUUUUGUUCAGCUUCUUCCGGAUCAAACCUUUUUAUCUAUUCACUAUGCAGUAAAUUGCAAAAAGUAAGUUCUACAACUAAACUUUCCUGUUCAUUGAAGAUACUAAUAAAAAAUAUUCCACCAUGCAUUUUCUUUGCGAUAUCAUUUUUCUUUCUUUGUAAAAUUCCAGAUUCAUCCAUAACUACCUUUCAUAAGAGACAUUUUUUCCACAUUGGAGGCCUUGUUUUAUCAAACUAUUCAGCGGUUCUUCUUUCACUGAUUUCCAAAAUAAUAUUUCAGUUGAAGAAUAAAAUACUUAGCAUCAAUUGAAUUUCAAUUUUAUGUCCUAAUUAUAAUUUUGGGAAAAUGUAUUAUAAAUUCUAUAACACCUUCGAAACUUCAUGUAACUUCCUAUGAAAAACUGAUAGUAUCAUAUAACUUUUUGAAUGUGGUAUGAAAAUAUGCAUUGGUAUUAAGUAUUAAAAUUAUUUCAUGUUAUUUCUUUGAAAGUUCAACAUAUUCUUAUUUAUAAUUAAUGUUGUAAGCCAGUUUCUAACAUAUUAGUUACAUAUUUUGCUUUAUAAAAUACAUUUUUCAUUUGUCUCAUUAGAGUUGAUCUGUUUUAUUUACAUUGUAAGUAGUUAUUGCUAUUUUUUACUGAGGGAGAAAACAGAAACAAAUCAUUUCUGAUUACAUAUAGCAUAAAGCAUUAGAACAAAAGGCUAGUGACACAGUAUACAGCCAUCCUAAGCACAAAAGUGAUUUCUGCAGCUGAGUUCAAAAGGAUAAUUUCCUGUUUAAAGGUGCAUGAAUCCAUGUAUUUGAUUCAGAUGACACUUUUUCAGAAUUAAAAAAAAUAUAUUUCCUAUAGACAAAUGACAAUAAAACAUUGUAUUUUGGUAAAAUAUGACGAAGAACAACGCGGUUGUAUUUUGGUAAAAUGUGACAAAGAACAGCACGGUGACAGUAACUCUAUCCUGAUAAAAAGUGCAGAUAGUACAACAUUUGUGCAUAGCACAGCUGUAUAACUUAGAUCAGGUAUUAAAGGGCUAAGCUAUCUCCUUAUAUACUAUUUGCAUUUGUAGUACUAAUGAAGAAAAGUAAAGGACUCAAACCAGAAUGUACUAUUGCAUUUAAUGAAAAUAAAUCAUAAUUUAUGUAAUGUUUUAGCAAUGAGGUGGAAAAUAGGACAAAGUACAAUUGUUAAGAUAAAUUGCACUUUUCAAAAUAGAGACACAGUAAUCAUUUUGAAAAAAAAAAAAAAAAAGGAAUUGAAAUGUUUUUUUCCAUUGUUGGUAUAAUUUGUGCCUUCAAAUAAAAAUGGAAAUUUUUUUUCCAUUUUAAUUUGAAGUGAUCCGUAAAAUUUGAGGGUGCACCUUUGGAAAGGGAGGGGGGGGGGGAGAGAAAAUCCUACAAUAACAUUACAUAGCUUUAAUAAAUUCUUUCAGAGAUACAGUGAAUACUGGUUAAUUGAAUCAACCGCUUUAUUGAAUUAGCCACUUCAUGGAAUCAAAAUUGUUUAGAACAAAUGUGAUUCAUAUAAGCGGCAGCCACUGCGUAUGAAAUGGCAUUUUAAAAUUAGCAUAUUUCCAUACAUCAAUAAUUGAAAUUGUAAAUUAGAAUUUAAGUAAAAAAGCAACUUCACAACCUAGGCCCUGGCUAGGGGUGCAAGCCGAAAAGGGUGCACAUCGCAGAGGGGAAAGAAAAUAUAAACAGCUUGCUGGAGGAAAAAAAGGGACACGUUAAUAUAUGGAGAAGCAAAAUUAAUCUAGAAAAGAUUGCAACCAGUGCGAUAGGCAUAAAACAGCAAUUGGAGGGGGCGGGCCGGCAUGGUUCUUGAAUCGUGGUCCUUUCCCCGUCAAAGCAUAUAAUUAUAAAUAUCUUUGACUUGAACAACAACUUCUUAAAAAUAUAGUUUUGACCAGAGGCGGACAGUGCUCAAAGAGCGCGCAAACCUUGACUCCCAAAAGGCGCACAGGUUCGAGGCCGCAAAAAAAAAGAAAUCGAAAGUGUUCUUGGGCGAAACAGUUGGGGAGAAUUUCUAAUCCAAUAAUAUGUCCCCAAUAUUUCUAAGAACUAAGAAACUAUUUCAAACUGGAAGGACGUUUAAUAAACAAUAAUGUAAAUAGCUAAAACAUUCUGUAAAUUAAAAAAAUAUACUGAGAAUGUAAUCAUUAUAUAUAUAAAUAUAUAUAACUCCAUGUGCUGUUUUUGCACAAGAUAAAUAAUACAGCAAUGAUGAAAUCUAAACUGUAUGACUAUCGACUAAAUACUUUGACGAAAAAACCCAUUAGGAAAUAAGCUAAUACAAGUUCAUCAUAUUCAUGAAAGGGCAAGCGGCACGAACAAGCAAGUUCGAAUGCCGGCCUAGCGACCGCCUACGAUGAUGAGAGAUAAUCUAAGAGGAAGAACAUAAGUUGUGAGCAGUUUAAAUAUCCCCUGGGUCAUUAGCAUAUCCGAGUCAAGUGAACGGACUCUCGUCAGUGCUAUGGUUAAGCACACGUGCUAUCAGAUUCCUUCUAGAAGCUUCCAUGUGACAUCAUCCAUUACAGAGUUCCCGCCAAAGGUGGACGAAAGUGAAACCAAACAUUCGGUCGACCAAUGUGAAUGAGUGCUGAUAAGAGUCUUUUACCCCAGUCAUGCAGAAUGAUUGGUAAUACAUUGUAAGUAACGAAAAACAUUCCUUUACUAUUGUUGUUGUGAGGUGAUGAGACAGGAUUAUUUACGGUUAUUAUUAACAGACAUUUAUGCAUUAAAAAAAAAGUCGCAGUUUCAAGGGCGCCAAAAGAAACAAACAGUAAAAAACCCCUGGAGUCUCACAGGUUUGAGGGAAAAAAAAUUGAAAUUUGACAUCUUGAAUAUGUUUUUCUCAAUCACGAGGUUGUGUGUGUGUGUGGGGGGGGGGGGGGGUAUGUGUGUGUGUAUGCAUGCAUAUGUGUAUAUGUAUUUGUGUGUGUAGGUGUAUGUGUAAGUGUAGGCAAGUAAGUGAGGCAACCUGGAGGCGAUUUUCACUAAAGGAGCAGCAUCGUGAGGCGGCUGGCCAACGGUGGUUCUGCAGAGGAAGGCAGGGAGAAAAUAAAAUAGGAAUUCAAAACUGUCAAGUGAGAACAAUAAGCAAUCAUGGUUGCUCAAAUAAAUAAAUAAAUAUGUUAAGAAAACAAAUUGCAACCUUGGAACACUUUUGGGGCUUUAUGAUCUCUAAAAAAUAAAGCUUUUAAUAUUGAAGCUUUCUUUAAAUACAUAUUUAUUGGAGAAAAUGGUUUGUCAAUUUGUCAUUAAUACUUUUUCAUAAAAACACGUUUUAGCAAACAUUUAUGUAAUCAACCAAAAAACACAAGUUACCACAAAAUUAAAAAAAAGCAAUAGACAAUGUCUUGUCUAUCACCUUCGGAAAGAAAAUUAAAACGGACUGCAGAAGAUUAAGAACGGAGAAAAAUUUAUUACCGCAUUCCAAUAGUUUGCCGAUCUUUCCCAAUAGUGUUCUUUUGCUCCCAUCUAAACAUUCCAAAAGGAAACCGAUUCCGCCCGAGUGCAGCAAAAUUAGCUGUCACAGAGUAAUCUCAGAAACUAAGGAUUUACAGGCACUCGAUAAAUCAAAGUUCCCAGAAGAAACACAAGCCUCCUCAAACAGUUGCCUUAAGAUUCGCUCUGAUUGCUGGGGGCUAGGUGAUGAAAGAGUUGAGCAAGAAGUCAAUCCUCUGGGAGAUCGGGGAUGGCUAAAGAUAAGAUGGUAUCUAUUUCUUCCACAAUUGAUUCGGUAUUUUUUCCCUAGAAUCGCAAAAAAAUAUAAAAGAAAAUAAUUUGAAUCUUGACCCCUUGAAUUCAAAUUAUGUUUUUUGCAAUCACGAGUGUGUGUGUAUGUAGGCAUGUGUUUAUGUGAGUGUAGGGGGUAUGUGUAUGCUAGUGUAGGCAUGUGUGUUUGUGUGCAGGUAUGAGUGUGUGGAUAGUUGUGUUUGUGUCAGUGUGCAGGCAUGAGUGUGAUGAAUGUGUGGGUAGUUCUGUGUGUACGCGUAGGUUUAUGUAUGUAUAUAUGUGUGUGUGUGUAUGUUUGUACAUCAUGUAUGUAUGCGCGUGUGUAGGACAUGGAUGAACCUGGAGACGGCUUUCGCUAUAGGAGCAGCAUUGUGAAGAGCCAGUCGAUGGUGAUGCUGCGGAAGGUGGCAGGGGGAAAUAAAAUCAUAGGACGCCAAAAACAGUCAAAUGAAAGCAAUAAGCAAUCGUGAUUGCUCAAAAAAAUUAAUUUCAAUUUUGACAUCUUGAAUUAUGUAUGUUUUUCACAAUUAUGAGUGUGUGUGUGUGUAUGUUUAAUACUGCUAAUUGCUUUGGAAUGGAAGAAUUAAAAAUUUUCCGCAUUUGAGGGGUGUCCGUUAGGAGGAGUUUUAUUUUAUUUGGGAAGGUUUUUAUUUGCAAGCUGCUUGGUUGGACAAAGGAGAAAAUAAUA